AUGGAUUAAAGAAUUUAAUUGAUCCAAGCAGACCCAAAUAAUUUCUCAAUCGAUAGAAUUUAUUCAAUAUUGUGGUAUACGAUUUCAAAAACAAAAGAUUUAUCUAUCGAUUAGAAUAUUUUUAUUUGCCCUCACACUGUUUAGAUUGAAUUACAAAAUAAUGAUCAAAUAAGUUAUUAGCCUCAAAGUUGUAAUAUUUGCUCGUAAACCUAAUAUAGAGCAAUUUAACGGGGUAACAGAUAUAAAUAUAUGAUUUGUGGGAUACUUUAUUUUUUAUUAGAAGGUAAUAAUACUCUAGAAUAAUAUUACUAAAGUUAACAAUUCUUUUUCUUUAAAAAUAUUUAUGGAUACUACAAUGAAAAAGAACAUUAUUUGAGAUCAAUUUGCUAAAUAUUGUAGGUAAACAACUUUUAAUAAAAAUAAUAAAUUUUUGAUAACAUGCCUGAGGCUAAUAGGCCCUUAAUUAAAAACCAAUUUCAACUCACUAAAUACUGUGUCAUUAUUAUUUCUCCAUGUUUAGGAACUCCAUUAUUUAGAUAAUAUGAAGAAAAUAAUGCAUAUUAUUUACUAAGUUUCUAAAAUUUAUUGUAAGACCUCAGAUAAAUUUCGUUUUAAAUAGGGUGUGAAAAUGUACCUCCUCCUUGCCUCCACAAUAUAUUCAUUAAUUAAGGAUACCAUCAUUUUUGUAAAUUUAGUAUUAAUAUUUUUCAAACCGACCCUAUUUGUAGAUGUUAGAAUAACCAAAUGGGAACAAUUUUAUAUACCUUAUUAACUAAAGAAGAAUAUGUUGAUGGGAAUCGUAGGACUGGCGAUUUAAUUAUAGAUGAUGAAUUGAUAUUAUUUUCUAGAUACCUUAUAAAUAAAUAUUAAUUCAAUAGUGCUUAAGAGUAGUUUAGACAAUAUGAAAAAAUUAUAGGUAAAAUUGACCGAUUUAGAAGUUCCAAUUCAGUAAUUCUAGGAAACACAAUUGAUGCAAGUUUUUAUGCCAAUAAUUUAAGACGCAAUUUAAAACAUAUUUAACAAACACAUCUCUGGAAUUAUUACAAAAUUUUAUUUUUGUAGGAAAUGAUUGAAUUAUUAGAAAAUAGAAUACUAAGUUAACUUUAAUAUUAUGAGUUCUUAUUUGGAAAAUUAUUCUAAUUGAAACUGAAAUAAGUAUAUAUUUAUUUUAGUUUUAGAUUUAGAGUAUAAGCGCUUAUCUUUAACAUUCGAGUAAUUAAUUGUUGUCAGAAAUUUUACAAAAUUAUAGUUCACAAUGUAACCCGUUGGCCCAAAUAGAACAACAACAACAUUAAAUACAAGAAAAUAAUAUUGAACUCCCUCGAUUAUUUGUUGUUAGAUAGAUACUGUUUGAAAGUAUUUCUAAUGUGAAUGCAUUUGAUGAUUAACAGAACUAAUUCUUCAGAAAUCAGUUUUAAGCUGAGUUUAAUUAUCGAACAAUUAUUGAAUUUGAAGAGAUGCUCUAAAGUGAUCUAUUAUAAGUAUGA